CUGAGAGAGGCAUAUGAAGCUUCUUUCUGAAUUUUUCUCUUCAAAAUUCCUUUUCUGGUGUUAAUUUAUUGAUUUAGUCGUUCUUUAAUUGUUAAGGAACUGUUAGUCAUACUUCCCAUUUUCAUCUCCAUGAAAUUUAUCGACAUCCGAUAUUAAACUGGAUAUGAAUCAAUCUGUAGUCUGAACAGCCUGGUUGGAUCUUGCUUCAUUGCCAUGUCCCUGGAGGACUUCCAAUAUACAGGCAAAUCAAAAUUUUCUUUUAAUGGAUGGAUCAAGGCGUGGCCAUUUCCGUGGCACCGUCCCUGCUCGUCGUCUUAAUCAUUUGGACUUCGCUCCGAUCUCGAUGUCAUGUUUUUGGGGCCAUUUUUUCGUUAAUAUCAUAGUAAUUUUGCGUCGAUAUAACCUUAAUCAUAUAGCUCUCCCCAUCUUGGAAAUCAAUUCAAGGCUCUGUCAUGUCGAUAUAUUAAUGAUUUUGUCACUAAAGAGAAACUGUAUUUAUGAUGGCAACACAUGAUAUAUCAUCUUAGAUCAAUUUUGGGGCUCGUUCUGCAUAUGAUUGCUCUUUUAUGCGGUUAUUAGCAUUUAUUUUAUAGUUUAGUGACUUAUCAGUGUAGUUUUAUUAUAUCAUUGUUGCAGUAUAUAGUCUGGAUUUCUUGAACUCUUUUUGUAAACUUGAUGAAAGAAUGCAUAUUGCGUUGCAACAGUUCGCUUGCCAGGGUUGCUCCCAUUGAAGCAGUGUUGUUUGAUAUUGAUGGAACUCUUUGUGAUUCUGAUCCUCUCCACUAUUAUGCUUUCCGAGAAAUGCUUCAAGAGAUUGGUUUCAACGAAGGGAAGCCAAUAACAGAGGAAUUCUUUAUUGACACCGUUGCUGGCAAACACAACGAUGAUAUUGCAUUGGCUCUCUUCCCUGCUGAUUUGGAACGGGGGUUAAAGUUUGUAGAUGAUAAGGAAGCCAUGUUCCGGAAAUUGGCAGCUGAGCAACUGAAGCCCUUAAAUGGCCUGGACAAAGUGAGGAAAUGGAUAGAAGAACGUGGCCUGAAGCGGGCUGCCGUGACCAACGCUCCAAGAGCAAAUGCAGAACUAAUGAUAUCUAUACUUGGUCUCAAAGACUUUUUCCAAGCUGUUAUUGUUGGAAGUGAAUGUGAACAUGCUAAACCUCAUCCGGAUCCCUACUUAAAGGGUCUUGAAGCAUUGAUCGCAUCCAAAGAUCACACUUUUGUAUUCGAGGAUUCCGUUUCUGGAAUCAAAGCUGGAGUGGCGGCUGGGAUGCCUGUUGUAGGUUUGGCUACCAGAAACCCGGAGCAUUUGCUGUGGGAAGCGAACCCUGCUUUCCUGAUCAAGGAUUAUGACGAUCCAAAAUUAUGGGCAGCUUUGGAAGAACUUGACAAAGCUGGUGCUCCUAGGCGAUGAACUAUAUAGCUUUUGAUGAAUAGACGGCAAAUUUUCUGGGCAAAAAUAAGUUUCUGGGCGGAGGAGCCUUUUGCUUCUCAGCGUAAGCUAGUCAACCAUUGACUGUGAAUUGAAACAAUUUCAUGUUAUGAUACCUGAUUAAUAUUGAUUGGCUGGGAUCAAUCCCAAAAAAUAAAUCCAUUCUUUUUGUUCUGGUUCUUGAUCAUUGUGAUCCGGAAACCAGCA